GGUUCCUGCACUAUUGGAGCUCCAGUUGGUUCAUCGUCGCCUGUAGGUCGUGCGGUCGGCGCGCCGCCUUGAAUCCGCAAAGUGAGACAAUCGAUCAAUUCUGAAGCAGCGCUGCGCCUAGCUCAACUGGAAAGCAUUUACACAUUUCUGCUACUCUGACUGCAGGCAUCAUUAGUAUCAAUUAGUUAGAGCAAGGAGGCCAGAGACCACACCACAGGCUGUCAGGAAAACAGCAAAUUUUCCCCGCCGCAUAAAAUAUCAGCAAGCAAGCAAAGGAUAAACUCUCGUGCCCUUUGCGAUGAAGGAAAAGGAUCUGAAUUCCGACGCAAUGCCAUUCAAAAACAUUGGCACGUUCUGGGAGCCGCUUUGCGAUAAUAAUGGCUUCCUGUUGGAGCCAAUUUUCACGCUCCUGCCAAGCUGCCCGGAUGCGCGAUUCGAGAGCGGGUUUGCUCGGCGUCAUUUUUCUGUGAAGCUGGAACUGCCGCCAACAUCGAAUGGUAUGCGCCGCUUUCUGCACGGCUAUCCGGUGAGAGGCGGCACCGAUGUGGUGCUGAAGGAGUGUGUGGCAAUGACCUGUAAUUCGGUACUCCGCUACCUGGGCACCGUUAAGGUGCCAAAGCAAUACGUUUUCAAAAUUAUUCACUAAUAUGUCACAGCUCUUAGGGAGCUUUCCCUC